UAAUUUGCCCCGUUCAUGUUUUCAUAUUUCCACUUCUGCAAGUGGAAUGCGGAAGGGACUAGAAAUCGAAACGGUGCGUUGCGGAAAAACUUAUGUCCUGCCUCGCCGCCGAGCCAACGACUGCUCCUCCUCCAUCGCCUCCUUUUGACGUCGGUGAGGGCGAAAUAUGUUCCGCGGCCUUCUCUCUCGAAAUCCCCGCCGUGGCGUCGCCACUGGUCUCCUCGCUCUCACCGCCUUCUGCGCUGGCGGCGCUACUCUUGGUUCCUCCUCCGACCGACCCUCCCAUCGGACAACAGAUGUAGCGAUUUCGAUCUCCGUCCCGUUAAGACAACUUCUAUCGUCGACUCCAUCGAUUUUCUCGCAGAGUCUUCUGCACGACAUUAUUCAACCGCGAACCCUCUCACUCCUCCUGAUUCGAGUAAGGAUGUGCCAUGCUGCGCUGGAUGUCUGGGAAGGAACACUAUUGCUAAGGCGGCCGCUGCAGCUGGUCCUGCUGUGGUGAAUAUAUGUGUUACUGAAGGUCUAUAUGGUCCGAUGCGUGCAAAGAGUAUAGGGUCUGGGACUAUCAUUGAUCCGGACGGAACGAUCUUGACGUGUGCACAUUGCAUAGCAGACAUUGCCAAUAUGAAAAGGGUCUCAAAAGGCAAAGUUGGUGUGACUUUACAAGAUGGACGUGAAUUUGAAGGCACUGUGAUCAAUGCAGACUUUCCUUCUGACAUUGCUGUUGUGAAGAUACAUUCCAAAACUCCACUACCAUCAGUCAAAUUUGGAUCAUCAUCUAAGCUUCUUCCAGGUGAUUGGGUUAUAGCCUUGGGCUGCCCACUUACUCUGCAAAAUACCAUAACAUCUGGUAUAGUAAGCUGUGUUGAUCGGAAAAGCAGCGAUUUGGGUCUUGGAGGAAUUCGAAGGGAGUAUUUGCAAACUGAUUGUGCAAUUAAUGAGGGAAAUUCCGGAGGACCCCUUGUUAAUCUUGAUGGUGAGGUUGUAGGUGUUAACAUUAUGAAAGUUGCUGCAGCUGAUGGAUUGAGCUUUGCAGUUCCAAUUGAUUCAGUCAUCAAAAUCAUUGAGCAAUUUAGGAAGAAUGGUAGAGUGGUUCGUCCAUGGCUUGGACUGAAGAUGCUUGAUCUUAAUGAAAUGAAAAUUGCACAGUUCAAGGAGAGAGAUGAUUCAUUUCCUGAUGUUAUCAAAGGAGUUCUUGUGCCCGUGGUAACUCCAGGAUCUCCUGGAGACCGUGCAGGAUUCCGACCGGGUGAUGUCGUAAUUGAGUUUGAUGGCAGACCAGUUGGAGGCAUUAAAGAGAUCAUUGACAUCAUGGAGGAUAAAGUAGGGGUGCCGCUGAAAGUUUUGGUGAAGCGAUCGAACAACAAAUCAAUCACAUUGACUGUAGUGCCAGAGGAAGCUGUUGAUUAAGUAAAACCUUAAAGCAACUAUAGCAGUGCUGAUAAUUUUAAUCAAUUUUAAAUCUGUAUGUAUUUUAAUCUUAUAUAAGCUAGAGCAUCCAUUUUUUGACAACCGUGAAAUUUUUUGAGUGCAAUAAUUGAACAAAGAGAUAAAGUAGCAGUGCUGAUUGAUUUUCUCGAUUGAUUGCUCUUCUGGGAGUAUCUGUUAAUUGAUCGAGAGACUAGUCUUGUUUAUUUGUGUUGCCACAUGAAUGCAUUUUUUUUUUUUCA